AUGUUUUGCAGCUGCACUACAAGUCAAGAGAAUGGCUACAGCAGACAAGAACUGUGGUUGCUACUCAAGAAAUAUUAUACCGGUAGGUUGGCUCUCCAUCGGAGGUACUUUCCAACUGGUUGGCCUCACGAGUAGACACUAAUAGCUACAUAAGAGGCGCCAUGUUGACGUAACAGAAAAAAACACCGUGAUGCGAACGACGUCUUGCAUGCGACAAUUGACACACGGCAAGUCCAAGCCUACUUUUCGAGGGCAACCGAGGGUGCCACUGAUGAUUUGAAUUUAGACUACG